UAGUAAGCGUGUGCUGACGGACCACCCGAAAGCCCCCUCCCUGUAGUGUAGAGUGUGGAUCGAUGCUGUGUCUUUGCCCAGUAGCAGGUUACAUUAGUUGAUGAACGGUGCAUACCAGUUGAGCGCGUGUGAAGCAUUUUUUCAAACCAAUAAAUAGAAUUAGAACAUUAGUGGGAGCGCAACGUUCACAAAACCAAUACACGCGGUCCAUUAAUUUAGUCCAAGUCCAUCGAUUGACAGUAAAACCGUGACAGUUCAUCGGUCGGUUUUCUUUUUUUUUGUCACCGUUCGCAGUGUACUAAGCGGCGGUCCGUUCAAGUGCACAAAUCGCUAAUCUAAUUAUUAUCUACGGUGUAAUCGACAAGCUCGAACUACUAACCAUCACGCAUCGACGACAUCAUGAGAGAAAUUGUGCAUCUGCAAGCCGGCCAGUGCGGCAAUCAAAUCGGAUCAAAGUUCUGGGAAAUCAUAUCAGAUGAGCAUGGUAUCGAUCCAACCGGUCAUUACCACGGCGAUAAUGACCUCCAGCUGGAGCGGAUCGACGUGUACUACACGGAAGCUAAUGGGAACAAAUACGUACCGCGUGCCGUCCUGGUCGACUUGGAACCGGGUACGAUGGACUCGGUACGACAGUCUCCGUAUGGAGCUCUGUUUCGACCAGAUAACUUUGUCUAUGGACAAUCGGGAGCAGGAAACAACUGGGCCAAGGGUCACUACACAGAGGGUGCCGAACUGGUCGACAGCGUACUGGAAGUGAUACGCAAAGAAUCAGAAGGAUGCGACUGUCUUCAGGGAUUCCAGUUGGCACAUUCACUCGGUGGAGGAACCGGGUCAGGUAUGGGAACACUACUCAUAUCGAAAAUACGCGAAGAGUACCCGGACAGAAUUAUGAACACAUUCUCCGUUGUACCGUCACCGAAGGUUUCGGACACUGUCGUAGAGCCGUACAAUGCCACCCUGUCCAUCCAUCAGUUGGUCGAAAAUACCGACGAGACGUUCUGUAUCGAUAACGAAGCGCUCUACGAUAUCUGCUUCCGCACGUUGAAGCUUACAUCACCGACGUACGGUGAUCUGAAUCAUCUAGUCUCUAUAACUAUGUCCGGUGUGACUACGUGUCUACGUUUCCCCGGUCAGCUAAAUGCGGACUUGCGGAAGCUGGCUGUCAACAUGGUUCCAUUCCCUCGGUUACAUUUCUUCAUGCCCGGUUUUGCCCCUCUGACGGCCAAGGGCUCCCAGCAGUACCGAGCGCUCAGCGUACACGAACUGACCGCCCAGAUGUUCGACGCAAAGAACAUGAUGACGGCGUGCGAUCCCAGGCACGGUCGCUAUCUGACCUGUGCUGCCAUCUUCCGAGGUAAGUUUUACUGGUUAUAUAGCAUUACUUUAGGAGGGGGUUGAGCUUGCCCACUUCUACUCGUGUCGGCGGUGAAUUCGGAACCUGUCGAUACCGGGAUACUCCUGGAAUUAACUCCUGCCAUCGUUUCUCUACGGGAGAUUUACGUAAUGAACCUUCGGUUUAGUUCUCGACCAACGUUUCCGAUUCCCGUCUACGAAUCCAGUUGGAGAAUGGUUUCCACUUCACCAUCACCUCGAUGAUCCUAUCCAGUGCUACAUCACGAACUUCUCGUCUAGUUGCCGACGAAAGAUCUAGACUACAGCGAUGGAGAGUUUUCUGAUGGUACACCCAAAUGAAUGUCUAGAUCGGUCCGGUGACUCCGUUUGGAGCAUGGACGAUGGAUCUAGUGUACACCGAUGGAAAGAUCCUUUGCAAAGGAAGUUCUACUGGAAACUGCGCUUUCAAUAUCCGUCUACGAAUCAAGUGGAAGGAUCUCGCGGUCGGUUCAGCGACUCCGAUUGGAGCAUGGCUUCCAAUUCACUGGCGCCCCAACGAUCCUAACCAGUGUUACGAUACCGAUACACCGAAGCCUCCGUUCUCGAACUAAACGAGGGUUCGUUAAUCGAGAUAGUUCGUAAAAAAAGUUAACGUUAUUUGGGAUUUGGUUAAUACAAAUAUCUUGCCAAACCACAAAAAAAUCUUGCCUCCAAACCCAUGAAUACAUGAAAGCGGCGCUGUUGU